AUGGACCGUCACCCCCUCCUCGCCUCCUCGUCGCCCAACGCCUCGCGCUCGUUCAUCGGUGCGGUCGCUUCGUUCUGCUCGUCGCUUAACCCGUUCUCGUCGAAGGCCUCGCCCGCACGCCCUCCCACCUCCGUCAUCUCCCGCCCCUUCCUCUCGCACCUCGAAGCCAAGCCCUCUCCCGCUUUUGAGUUCAUGACUGCCGAGCGCCAUCUCGCUAUCGCCUGCCUCAAGGACGAAAUCAACGAGCUCUCGCACCCCGAAUCGGUCGCCUCGUCGUCGGCUUCCUCCAGCUCGUCCACCUCGUGUCUCCUCAACUACGCCAACGACUCGGGCUACUCCUCCCUCUCGUCCGUCUCCUCCUCGUGCUCGCGCGAAGACCUCAUCACCGAACUCGGCGCAAAAAUCGCCCAGCUCGAGAAGUACUCGUACAAGACCGAAGCAUGGCGUCGGAAGGAGUCGUACCUCAUCCGCUGGCUCUUCGCUCGCUUCGAGGCCUACGACAAGCUCUACGUCGAGGGCCUCCUCGAAGGGCGCCGCAUCAUCAUGAGCCAGGAGGACGACGAGCGACGACUGGAGCGGCUCAAGGGCGCGCGGUACUGGGAGUCGAGCAUCACCGAGGCGCGGGCGUUCGAGAACCGCAUUCGCGAGGACCUCGAGGGACGCAUGAACAUCUGGUUGCGCAAAUUCAAGGAGGACGCGCACGACGAGAUGGUGCGACACAUCGGCCGGAUGCGACGACACGACCUUCGCGACGCCUACCUCCCUCUUCCUUCCAUCUGGCGGCCGUGA